UUAAUAUUACUACUAAAGUGCUUAACAGUUUAACAUCAAUUAAAAGUGUUUCUUGAGCGAUUUCAAAACGAAAUUGAAGCAGCAACAAACAGCAAAAAAUAUUAUAAAAGUUUCGAGAACCCUAUGUACGUCCAGUACAUACAGUGAGAAACUUGAGCCAUAACUGAAUUCAAUAUUGGACGUCGCGGCAAUUGCGCAACAAAUAACGUUUCUGUCUAAAGUUGCGCCGAACAACAACAGAAACAACAAUAACCACACAAAUGUUGUGCGGCCCGAAGACAUAUUGCCCAGCAGCUGGUUAUCAAUAAUAAUUCUCUUUGGCCGGUUCCACAAGAACAACCAACCACUAAGCACCAGCACUCUGUGGCGACAGUGCUCACUGUGCCAUUUUGGAUAACAUUGGAAAUUCGACACCCACUCGCACACACACACACACACACAACCAGCACACAAACAUAGCUCAGCACGAUGUUGGAUCGAUGUGAAAUGCCUAUACAAUUGGACAACGAGAAGCUGCGGCGCGAUGUGCGUCUGUCCAGCUCGCGCCUGGACUUGCCACAGUUGUGCAAUGUCGGACGUCGUCUCGAUGGGCACAUUAACAGCAACAACAACAACAGCAGCAAUCAUGUUAACGAGAUGACAACAACACAGAAUGGCAAUGGCAGUAACAUGAACAACAACAACAACAACAACCUUGGCUCGCCGGUCUCCUGCUCGACCACAAACAGCAGCAGUGGCAACGAGCGUGGCUCCUCGACCAAAUCAAACAGCAGCAGUGGCAGCGGCAGCUCGGGCAACUCGGCAAGCAGCACUGGCAGUGCCGAGCUCAAAUGCAACACGCCCAUGACACCUUUAGAGCUGGUCAAAAAAUAUCGCAAUUAUUUGACUGACCUGGAGUGUGAGGAGCUGAAGGUGUACAAGGAGGUCUGGUAUUUUGGCCAGCACGCCAGCAAGAACUACAAUAGACCCGCCCCGACAGCCAAUACCACAAAUUUGGGCUAUGACGAUGAUAAUGGCAAUUACAAGAUCAUUGAACACGAUCAUAUAGCCUUUCGCUACGAGAUCUUGGAGGUGAUUGGCAAGGGGAGCUUUGGCCAGGUGAUCAGAGCACUUGAUCACAAGACAAACACACACGUUGCCAUCAAAAUCAUAAGGAACAAGAAGCGUUUCCUCAACCAGGCAGUCGUUGAGCUUAACAUACUCGAUGAGUUGCGCGAAAAGGAUGCCGAUGGAUCUCAUAACGUAAUACACAUGCUGGACUAUACAUAUUUCCGUAGACAUUUGUGCAUUACCUUCGAGCUAAUGAGUUUGAAUCUCUACGAGCUGAUCAAGAAGAAUAACUAUAAUGGUUUCAGCAUGAGUUUAAUACGACGCUUCUGCAAUUCGAUUGUGAAAUGCCUGCGUUUGCUCUACAAAGAGAAUAUCAUACACUGUGAUCUCAAGCCGGAAAACAUUUUGCUGAAACAACGCGGCAGCAGCUCGAUUAAAGUCAUCGAUUUUGGCAGCUCGUGCUAUGUGGACCGGAAAAUCUAUACAUACAUCCAAUCGAGAUUCUAUCGCUCCCCGGAGGUGAUACUUGGACUGCAAUAUGGCACCGCCAUUGACAUGUGGAGCUUGGGCUGCAUUUUGGCUGAGCUAUAUACGGGCUUCCCACUGUUUCCCGGCGAGAACGAGGUGGAGCAGCUGGCCUGCAUUAUGGAGGUGCUGGGUCUGCCACCCAAGGUGCUCAUCUCGGUGGCUCGUCGUCGUCGCCUGUUCUUCGAUUCGAGAGAUGCGCCACGUUGCAUUACGAAUACGAAGGGCAGGAAACGUGCGCCGGGCAGCAAGUCUCUGUCACAGAUACUGCACUGUCAGGAUCGGUAUUUUAUUGACUUUCUGCAGCGUUGCUUGGAAUGGGAUCCUGCGGAGCGUAUGACGCCGGAUGAGGCGGCGCAUCAUGAGUUCCUGCAGCCAUCCGCGUCGAGUCGCCAUCGCAGUUGCCGCAUGUCCACGAGCUCCUCGAGCUCCGGACUGAACAGUGUCUCCCAGAAAUCCUCCUGCUACAACUUUGCAGAGAUCUCGCCCGGCAGCGGGCCAGUGGUGGCCUCAAUCACGAGCACCACAGCUGUGAGCAAUGCAGCCAUAACGACCAAGUCCAGCUCCAGUUCGCGUCAGCCUCACUCCCAUGCCCAGUCCAAUGGACACCUGCCCGACAUCAAGCUGAGCGCCAGCGACAAAUACAACAGCAUGCAGAAGGUGGCGGUCCGCUCGAAGAUCACGUCGAGCGUCUCGGAUCUGGAAUCGGUGCAGCAGUAUUCGCUGCAUCGCAUCUACGGUGGCAUUGGCAGCGGCAGCACACAUCACGUCUCCUCGGCGGCGACCCGCAAGCAUCUGAAUGGCAACCCAAGCGUUGUUGGUGUCGGUGGCAACGUCAGCAACAGCAGCAAAUAUGGCAGCAGCACGCUGGCGCACAAUCAUCACAAUGUCACGCAUCACAAUGCCUCCACGGCAACCAUAGCGACAGCAACGCAUCAUCAUCAUCACCAUGGCAUCGCUGUUGGGCAGCAGAGUGGUUUGGGUGGGGUGAGCCAGCAGGGCGGCGUUGGCGCUAAUGUGGCCAUGUCGCAUUCACAGUCCACCGGUGAUGUUUCCGAUCGAGCCAUCUUUGGGCGUGCUUGACUUAGGGCGAGGCCCACAAAGCUAGAGCUCAAGAAGUGCAAGCUGGUGAAUAUGAUGGACUUCUGGAGCUAGAAGUGGCGUCCACAGCAAUGCGCUGCCCUGCGGGAGGAGGAGGCGUUGCCAACUCCGUUGCCACCCGCAGCUCCAACCUAGUUCUAACUAACGUAACUGUUAUAUAAGCUAUGUAUGUGUAGGUUUAUAGCGUAUGUAUGUGCAUCGUGUAUUGUGUUUUGUGUAUUGUGUAUUGUGCAUUAGAA